AGCAUUGAGCCGCCACCGCCUCCUGGCGCCGCAUUACAACAUUGUCCAAUCUCUCCGCCUCGCGCCACGGACAACAAUCGUAAUGGGAAGGGAAAUAUGGCGUGAAGGAGGCGGCCGCUAACUACCGCCGUUAUUCCCCCCAACCCCUUCUUCCACCGAGCUACUAUCCCGUGUGGGAGAAGCGAAGCGAAGGACGAGAAACAACAUGGAUGUAAGGACACGCCGCGGCGCACGUUUAGAGCCGAGACGCCGGAGCACAAAGCGGAUGGGAGAGAAAGCCUAGCUUGAAACACGCCUCAUCAUCUUCCUAUAUCCUCCUUCAAAAUACGUGUUUUCUUUUUUUUUUACCUCCACAUUCAGCUGGCUCCUUCCCUUUUUUAAUUUGAUAUCUAGUUUAGUUCAAUCAUUGGAAUCACGACUAUUAGCCUCCCUAGCAGUGUCGUCGUGUGAAGAAAAAGACGGCAACAUGAGCGAGCAGAGCAUCUGCCAGGCUCGGGCCUCUGUGAUGGUCUACGACGACGCCAGUAAGAAGUGGGUGCCCAUCAAGCCGGGUCAGCAGGGCUUCAGCCGCAUCAACAUCUACCACAACACCGCCAACAACACCUUCAGGGUGGUGGGCGUCAAGCUGCAGGACCAGCAGGUGGUGAUCAACUACUCCAUAGUGAAGGGCCUCAAGUACAAUCAGGCCACGCCAACAUUCCAUCAAUGGCGUGACGCUCGCCAGGUCUAUGGGCUCAACUUUGCCAGCAAGGAGGAGGCCACCACCUUCUCCAACGCCAUGCUGUUUGCUCUCAACGUCCUCAGCUCACCUGACGGUGGCGGUCCAGUUGUCCAGCGCCAAAAUGGACCUUCCUCGGAGGAGAGUGAGGCCCAGAGGAGGAUGAUGGAGCAGCAUCAGAUGCAGGCGCACAAGGAGAGGGAGCGGCGGACGUCAGGAUCAGUCGUUUCCACUCUCCAAUAUAAAGUGUCCGUACCCCCCGCCCACCCCCACCACCCAGACACUCCGCCCGAGUACAGACAGUACAGAUGUAGCACACUGCCCCCGUCCUAUGUCCGUGUGGCCUCUUCCUCCUCCCCUCCCUCCUCCUCCUCCCCUCCCUCUCAAGAGAAGGAGGCGGGGGCGGCGAGGGACAAGGCCCAGCUCUCCUCCCAGCUCUCCACCUCGCUGGCCUCUGCCUUCUCCCCAGUCCAGGGGGGGGUGUCCACCCUGGGCCGGCAGGUCCGUCAGAUCCCCCUGUCUCCUCCCACCACAGCCCGCCACCUACACCAGCAGCAGGACAUCAUGCUGCCCCCCAAACAUGGCACCUGGUCCGCUUCACAUUUGCAGCAAAUGUACGCCCAGUGCCCGCCCUCCGCUUCCCCUCCGGUAAUGAUGGCCAUGCCCGCCAGGCAGGGCUUAGCGCAGCCACAGCCUGUGCUCCCCAUGGCGCACCCCCUCCCGGCCAUGAGCGCUAGGAUGAAGCCCCCGCCACUCGACCCUCAACAGUACCCCCAGCAUCAGCCCCACUCUCACGCCAACGGCCAGUCAGACGACUCCUACUCCCCCCACUCCCACCAGAUUCCGCUCACCCUGCAGUACUGCGAUGCCGUGCCCCCGCCGCCCCUGAUGGGUCAGCCGCCCCCGGGGCUCGCCCCCAAUCACCAGUACCAGUCCACCUUCCACCCUCAGCAACAUCAGCAGCAGGUGUACCACCAGCAAGCCCCUUCCUCACCCCCCUCUUACAAUGAUGGGGGCUCGCCCAAGAAGACCCCCUCCCCUGUCCCCCAGCAGGUCCCCAUGACCAACAGCAGCCCUCCUGUGUCUGCAGGUCACCCCGCCAUGCUGUCCGUGGCGGCGCCCCCGUCCGUAGCACCGGUACCAAUGGCUGGUCCCCCGGCCCCACCGCCGCCUCCAGGUCCGCCGCCCCCGAUGGCGGUGCCCCCGCCCAUGCCCCCUCCGCUGCCUGCAAGCGGCGGGCCUCCGGGGGGCCCUCCUGGCAUGCAGCAUCAGCCCUCGGGGUUGGCGGCAGCUCUGGCUGGGGCCAAACUACGUAAAGUUCAAAGAGACGAGAGCAGUCCACCAGGAUCAGGCAGUAAAAGUGACUCCAACAGAUCUAGUGGAGGUAGUGGUGGUGGUGGAGAGGGUCUGAUGCAGGAGAUGAACGCCUUAUUAGCUCGCAGACGAAAAGCUUCUGAGAAACCUGAUGAAGACGACUCUGGUAGUCGCGGUCAGAACUCAACAGAUGCUUUGAAGAAGCCGUGGGAGAGAUCCAACUCUGCAGAGAAGUCCUCGCUGGUCUCCAGAGUGAGACCUAUUGGCAGCACCAGUGACUCAGACACAGAAUUUGACAGAAUGAAACAGGAAAUUUUGGAUGAAGUUAUACGCGAGUUACAUAAAGUGAAAGAUGAAAUCAUUAACGCCAUCAGACAAGAAAUUGGGCGAAUCAGCACAUCUUAAUCCCGCCUGAGUGACACGUGGGAGGAGUCGAGGGCAAAGACAGGCGCUGACCCCUGCAGGAAUGUCCUCUCAAUGUUUGCGUGACGACGCCUCACGCCGCCGCUGCGUCACACAGACCUUGUGUUGACAUGGGAGUCUGCUGGACAGCCAAGAAGAAGAAGAGGAGGAAGUGAUGAAGAUGACGUUGGGUGUCAGACUCAGUAUGCCCAGUGUUGCCACUUCUUUUCCCUCUUUACUGAAGACAACGCAAUUUUUUAAGUUGGUACUGUUUUAUUUAAAAGUUGUGCGGACGAGGAAGGACAAAAAGAAACGUGUGUUGUUUGCUUCACUUCAUCCCAAACAAGCACAAAAUGGCGCCCUCAUGAUCAAACUGGUGUCAAGCGGCAAAAAAAACAAAAACAUUCUUUCCACUGAAAAUACAUUUUCCACUAAAUCCUAAAUGGGAAUUCAUCAGCUGGAUACGUUUUUUUUUUUUAACAAAAACGUUUGUUUCUCCAUUUUAUGUUUGUGACGCAUGAACCUUCUUAUCAGUUUAUUUAUUUCAAUGACAAAAAGAUGCUGCAUUUGUUCUCCUG